GUUGUGUGUGUGCGUGCGAGUGUGCGUGAACGUGCGUGCGUUUGGGUGUGUUUAUGUGUGUGUUUAGGUGCGUGUGUUUGUGCGUGCGCGUGUGUGUGCAUUAAUGUGCGUGUGAUUGUGUGGGUGUGUGCGUGAAUGUGCGUCUGCUCGUGUGUGUUAUAUGUGUUUGUGUGCGUGCGCGUGAAUAAGCGCGUGCUCGUUGUCGUGUGCUUGUUUAGGUGUGUGCGUGAAUGUGCGUGUGUUUGCGUGCGUGCACGUGUGCUUGUGUGCGAGCGCGUGAGUGUGCGUGUGUGUGUACGUGUUUGUGCGUGCGCGUGUGUGUUCGUGUGUGUGUCUGAAUGCGUGUGUGUGUGUGCGCGCGUGUGCGUGCGUGUACAUGCGUGUUCGUGCGCGUUGCAGCCAAUUGUUGCGAGGCUGCUGCGAGGUGGAGCUUCUUUCCCCGGGCGGACGAGACAGAGUCAGCAGCCUGACAGCAAGCGGCAGAGAGGAGGCAGUCAGGAGGAAAAGAAGGCAGUUAGGAGGUAAAGAAGGCAGUUAGAAGGAAAAAGAAGGCAGAGGUCGUCACUCUCCAGGGUUUCUUCCAGCUACAACAUGAACGCCAAGACGUCGCGCUUCCGCGUCCUCGUCCUCGGGCUUCUCGUCGCCGCUGUCACGGCCAAGGCGCCCAGGCUCAAAUUUGUGGUGCACGAACCGUCUCGAUUCCACUUCGACAAGCCCGAGAACUACGUCAGCAUGUACCACCAGGAGGGGAACAACACGCUGUACGUGGGCGGGCAGGCCAUGAUCUACGUGCUCACCUUCGGCAACAGAGGCGUACAUGACCUGCAGAUCCCAGCACCGUCAGAUCAGACCGCCAUCGACACCUGCAAGGCCAAGGCGGCACCGCUCGAGAUGGAGUGUGAUAAUUUCAUCACAGUCAUUGAGAAAGUCAACGACACCUUCAUCGUGUGUGGGACAAAUGCUGGGAGUCCUCGCUGCUGGAUGCUGGUUAACGACACAGUGCUGACCGACGUCCAGGGAGUCGGACAAAUCGCAUCGCCCUCUGACAUCUCCCCACCUUACCCCUCGCAGAGGUCCAUCAGCCUGCCCGCAGAUGGAAGUCUGUAUUCCGCCAUGUCAUCAGUGGGAGGCCACGCUGGUUCUAUCCGCCGUACGUUCGGACCCCAGAAACUCCUGAAGACAGAAAACGUUUGGCUGCUGAAUCCGCAGUUUGCUGGGGCCGCCAUCAUCCCUGCCUCCCUAAAAUACAAGGAGGAAAUCUACUUCUUCUUCAGUGAGUUCAACAAGACAGCCCGAGUGGACGAGGAGCCGUACAGGGCCCGCAUCGGCCGGAUCUGCAUGGUGGACGAGGGCGGGAUCAAGGCUCUGUUGGCCGACUCGUGGACCACCUUCCUGAAGGCACGGGUCAUGUGUGGCGCCGGAAACACUCAGCAGCAGUACAACAACAUGAAGCAUGCGGUGGUACUGACAGCCAAGGACAAGCGGGCCGGUGUCAUGUACGGCCUGUUUUCUAACGCGUGGGGCAGAAGUGUGAUUUGUGCCUAUUCCAUAGAAGACAUUGACCAGGCCUUCUCCACAUCCAAACUUAAGGGCUACAGCAGCUCCUUCAUUGGCAGUCGUCCUGGGAUGUGUGUCCGUAAAAACUCCACGGCGGGCGGUCCCAACGACAUAAAAAACCUGGGUGUGAUCCGGUACCAUCCGGAGAUUGAGGACGUGAUUCGACCCGUAGGCGUGGCUCCGCUCGACCUCCCGACGGAUGACCAAAUCACGCACACGGUGGCAGACAUUGUCCUCGCCGUCAACGAAGAGCACUACAGCGUCCUUUACCUCGGAACAGAACAAGGAAAAGUCCACAAAGUUCUUCACAGCAGCGAGGGUGUCUUCAUCAUCUCUCAGUACUCCAUGUUUCGUAACGAGGGGCCCGUCCUGAACAUGGCCAUUGACCCCCAAAAGGGACACUUGUACGUUGCCACGGCGAUGGAGGUCCAGCGGCUGCCACUGGCCGACUGCGGUCGCUAUGGCGACACAUGCAGGGAGUGCAUCCUCUCCAGGGACCCGUAUUGCGGGUGGGACAAGAACAGGAGGCGGUGCAUCGCCAUCCCGGCAGGCUACAACGUCACGACUGGGACACUCGUUCAGAAUCUGGACCAAUCCAACUCGUCGGUUUGCGGGGAAGCUGCUGCCCUGAAGCUGCGCCGCACCUCCCCAAGAGAAGUGGUGGUACAGUCAAACACCUCCAUCUUCCUGCCGUGUCCCGUGCGCUCCUUCCUUGCCACGUACCGCUGGGAGAAGGACAACUGUGUCAAGAACUACCCCUGCCUUUUCUCGGGCGACUUCUGUGUCCUUGGGCCAGCGGUGGACACGCCCCUUAAGGAGGGCAUCUUCCGCUGCAUGGCUACCGAGGACGGAUUCAAGGUGGAGGUCAUCUCCUUCAAGCUGGUGAACCACGGCGGGCUCCUGGCCGCCUCCCUCGCCUCCACCUUGGGGUUGUCACUCGUGCUCGCCAUGGCCACCCUUUGGCUUCAUUAACUGCAGCUAAUGCUAAUGCUAACCACAUACCCUUAAAGACAGUGAAUAGACGAGAGGUUUGGUUCACAGAGCAUUCAAGUCUGGGGUGUAACAACAAUUGUCAAUAAAAGAACUAAAUAAGUAUCAAACAGAGUCAAAGUCACUUCAAUUUGGGUCUAAAAAGAGCUUGAAACUAUGGUACAGUGCAUGAAGAACUUUGUGAACCUUCCCUCUCUAACUGUAAAUGCUAAACAUAUCCUAAGGGUUGGGCAAAAGAAACACCAAUACCAGGCCAAUUCUUUAUGACCAUUUCUUUAACUCUUUUGACUAGAUUGUGCUUCUUUGUGGAUAUGUAAAGCUUUAAUACCGCUCUUACAUCUUGCAUCCUUCCACCUCAUUCGUAGUUUGAAAAAAAAAAAAAACAUGUCUGGUAUUGAGAUUUUCAAAGCCUUAACACUUCUGGGACAUCAACUCCUAAGCACAAUUUUGCAGUCAAUGCAGAAUACUGCGCACCCGGUUGGACUCCGGGUUGGGUUGGGUUUGACAGGAAGUACGAGAAUGAGCCAAAGCUCAUUCCUGACCAUCACUGUGUCUCAGCACGUCCUCCUCAGACAAGGCAGUUUCUCGCAUCUUUUUACCUUCAGACAUUACACCUUGUUCACAGCUUUAGCGUUCCACGUCUCACCGCCAUCGGACCUCCCUUCUAAAAAGGUCAAAAACGUCAACCGCGACACCUCUGGGAAGGUUAGCUGGACCAGAAAGCAGCAAAUUAGAACUGCCCUUAGAAUCUUUGGUAAAUGUCAAAGACAAGUUCGGGUAGGCACUGAGGCAACAAGAUGAGGUGGACCCAGCUACUGCACUAUCAACCUCAUUAGAGCCAUGCCGUUAGAGGGGUUUUACACUUUAUAGAACGUCAGAGAACGGAACUAAGCAAAUUACGUCCGAUGGUCUGUAAAGUUGUGGUGAAGAAGGAGCUGAGCCGGAAGGCAAAGCUCUCAAUUUACCGGUCGAUCUACGUUCCCAUCCUCACCUAUGGUCGUGAGCUUUGGGUUAUGACCGAAAGGACAAGAUCACGGGUACAAGCGACCGAAAUUAGUUUAAUCCGCCGGGUGGCGGGGCUCUCCCUUAGAGAUAGGGUGAGAAGCUCUGUCAUCCGGGAGGAGCUCAAAUUAAAGCCGCUGCUCCUCCACAUGGAGAGGAGCCAGAUGAGGUGGUUCGGGCAUCUGGUCAGGAUGCCACCCGAACGCCUCCCUAGGGAGGUGUUUGGGGUGCGUCCGACUGGUAGGAGGCCACGGGGAAGACCCAGGAUACGUUGGGAAGACUAUCUCUCCCGGCUGGCCUGGGAACGCCUCGGGAUCCCUCGGGAGGAGCUCAAAUUAAAGCCGCUGCUCCUCCACAUGGAGAGGAGCCAGAUGAGGUGGUUCGGACAUCUGGUCAGGAUUCCACCCGAACGCCUCCCUAGGGAGGUGUUUGGGGUGCGUCCGACCGGUAGGAGGCCACGGGGAAGACCCAGGAUACGUUGGGAAGACUAUCUCUCCCGGCUGGCCUGGGAACUCCUCGGGAUCCCCCGGGAGGAGCUGGACGAAGUGGCUGGGGAGAGGGAAGUCUGGGAUGGAUGGAUGGAUAGAUGGUCUGUAAAGUUGGGAACAAGGUAUCGCAUGAUAAUUUCCGCCAAACCACGCAGACAUUACCAUCAGUUAUGUUUAUUUUCGAUUUCUUUUUGCAAGGAGAAAAAAAAGAGCUUGUAUUUCAAUUUGAGAUGUUCUGUAUUUAAUUGCUGCCAGUGCUGAUUUCUACCAUUGCUGCCUCUCUAUGUGAAGAUUUGUCUCGAUGGUUUUGGAUUUUUAACGCCAUAGCUAGACUGUGAUAUGUAUACCGAUGUUUUCUAACCGAGUCUCGAAGCUGUGAUACACACUAACUUGUCAGACGAUGUUCAGCUGCAUUCACAAUUGACUGAUGAAGGAACGAUUCAGCAUAUUUCAACGUCUCCCGAACUUCCCGUUUCAGUUUAAACUUAUUCCGCGGAUUCAUGAGAACUCUAUUUGGAGUCUCGCUCGGCGUUGACCCAUGUAGCAGAUUAGCGUGUUCUCCAGAGCUCUGACAUUGUCAUUCAGUAACUUAACACAAAUCUGGAGUUGUCGGGCUGUCCACUGUGGCCCACAUGUCAUUAAUAGCUAAUUAGGAGCUGCUGUAGCUCGUUGUGCUCCAUAUUCGAUUUUAUGAGCGGUGAGGAUCUGAACGGCCACGUUGCCUUUCUGGCUCAGCUCGGCGUCGCUGGUUGCAGACCGGUUCGCUUUCUGCAAGGCGAUACAAAUAACGAGUACAUGUCCAGGACAAAGCUGUGUUGAGCCAACGUUUUACUUCCGAGCCUACAAUGCAUGCACACUACAACAUCCAAUAACCCUUCGUAUCGACCGCCCUUUUUGCCACCUGUGUCAAAACUCGAGCUACUACGUCCCUUCCUGUCCACGGACUUCAUGUACUUUUUGAUAUCCUAACAUUUACAGAGCAUCACAGCUCAGUUCCGGGUCUUUCCCUAACCGAGCAACCAGAAAGUCAAGACCUUGCAUGUGAGUUGAAUACAAACAUUUUGAUUUUCUUCGGUCCAAAGUGGGUCUUCAAGCAACCGCCUUAUCGGAAAGUCCUUACGCUCGCCGCCGGCCCGCUGUCUUUGUUCGCAGCAAGCGGGUGUGUUGCCUUCAGGAAUCCGUUAAGGCGGACCCCCGCGUUGUCGUGUCGUUCUGCGGUCUAGAGUGCUGUACAUGGUGUGUCCUGACAACCUGUCAGAAGUCCAACUAUAUUAUAGCCAUGAAUGAUAUAUUAAUAAUCCCAUUAUUUUUAAAGCUCAUAUAUCUGGUGCAAUAGAUAUCCAUGUAACAAAUCUUUAUUGACAUGUGUCAAUCUCAACAUGUGCAGUGACAACCAAUAAAAUAGGAGGAAAAACAA